AUGACCACCUACAUCCUGACAGGCACCUUCAACGCCGAGCCAGUCCACACGGCGAAAACCACCCGCCAGGUCUGCACCGACUUCGCUGCCCAUCUAGACAGCUCAGGCUUCGCAACCUACGACGUCCGAGCCGGGCACCUCGCAUCGAGCGACGAAUGGCGGCUUUGCAUUGUCCUCUCCGGCUUCCACAAGCAGACUCCGGACCUCAGGGCUCUAGCGGGUCUCUACGCGCUCUUUGAGGAUCAUGUUGUCCCUGACACCAUCUCCGCGCAGUGGGUUGAGGGCUUGUCGCAGUGCCAGCAGGUCAUUCCCGGCUGGGAGGUGUGGGCUACGCAUGGAAUGCUGGGGUGCGAGACGAGGCUGGCGAGGGUCCGGGUUCUCGGUGAGAUUUACUGA